AGCAGCGGCAUCGGCCCGUCGGGAAACAGACACCGGGAGAUCAUCCUGUGAAGAGAGAGCUUGGGGAGAAAAGGACCGCAGCUCGCCUGGGAGUGUCCGACUCCGGUGAUAAGAACAAUGGGAGAGAUGGCUGAGCGGAUUUUCCGUUUCUAAAUGGGAAACACAAGAAGGUCCGUGUAACCCAGUGUUUGCGGGAAGGAGGGACUCCCGGCUGCAGCCUGCCCCUUUCUCAGCCAUGCCGCUGGUAUUGCGCACGCUGCUAUUCGGCUUUGUAACGCUGCUGGUUGUGGUUUUGAUAAUUGAUGAUAUUGCAGAAGUGGAGGAAGAAACUGCAAAUAGUGGACAUUCAAAGAAGACGAACUUGCACCGGCUCAUCCCUAAACCGCACAGAAAGGCUGCGGCACCGGAUCCGACCACUUUGACAAGAUUGAAGGACAUAAAUCAUCUCAGUCCGAGCUACAACAGCACCGCCAGGCUCUCGACAAACGGCUGGACCUUCAACAAGACCCUCUCUAACCUCAUCAGAAAGAACAUUUUGAGAUUUCUGGAUCCGGAGAGAGACAUCUCCAUUCUGAAGGGCACGCUGAAACCAGGAGACAUCAUCCACUAUGUGUUUGAUCGCCACAGCACCACAAACAUCUCUGAAAAUCUCUACCGUCUUUUGCCAACUGUAUCCCCCAUGAAGAACCAACAUCACAGGCGCUGCGCCAUCGUGGGGAACUCUGGGAUCCUGCUCAACAGCAGCUGUGGACCUGACAUCGACUCUCAUGACUUCGUUAUCAGGUGUAACCUGGCACCAGUGGCGGAGUACUCUCAGGAUGUGGGCUGGCGCACCAACUUGGUGACCAUGAACCCCUCAGUGGUGCAGCGGGCCUUCCAGGACCUGGUGAGCGAGGAGUGGAGGGAUCGCUUCCUGCAGCGACUCCAGAGCCUCCGGGGCAGCGUGCUGUGGAUCCCAGCCUUCAUGGCCAAGGGGGGAGAGGAGCGGGUGGAAUGGGCCCUCCGUCUCAUCCUGCUGCACACCGUGGAUGUCCGCACCGCCUUUCCCUCGCUGCGCCUCCUCCACGCUGUCAGAGGGUACUGGCUGACCAACAACGUCCACAUCAAGCGUCCGACCACGGGACUCCUUAUGUACACAAUGGCCACUCGCUUCUGCGAAGAGAUCCAUCUUUACGGCUUCUGGCCCUUCCCACUCGACCUGCAGGGCAAACCAGUCAAAUACCACUACUAUGAUACUCUGAAGUAUGAGUACACAUCCAGCUCCAGUCCUCACACCAUGCCUUUGGAGUUCAGGACCCUGAGCGCUUUGCACAGACUGGGAGCCCUCCGGCUCCACACUGGGGCCUGCGAUGCGGACAGGAGACCACAGAAGGAGCUCCAGAGCAAAUCUCCAUGAAACCACUAUGAGACUCUGAACAAACACUUUUCUUGUGAACGUACUUUUAUGAAACUUGAAUUAACUUAUUUUCAGUACUUGGAAUGAACUUUUUCUAUUUCAAGCUCUUUUGGUGACUUCUUUGACUGGCGUGUUUUACCUUUUAAUGAGAUUUCUAUGGCAACCUUGGAAAUAAUGAGACCCUUUUCUGCUGUCAUGUCCAUCUGCUGGCCCCUUCGUUUCAUUGAAAAGGCCAUUUUUAAAAGUCCAUCCAGGUUUCAAGCAUGCUUAUAUAUUUUAGAUUAAGGAUCCAGAACACUUAUUUGUGUUUCCAAAAUAGUUCAUGAGGCAACAUAAAUUAAUAUUCCCAGUUUGGCUCCUUUAACCCUCUAUGGUAACCUCUAUGGUGUUGACUCUAGGUAACACUGCUUUUUUGGCCAUUAAACCAUUCUCAAUUAUGCUGCAAUACUUUAAUAAGGCUACCAAUAACAGUGUUAAUAUUAUAAUAUGACUUUCUGGAGGUCAUGUCGAGUCACUUUUUUGGCGCCCCCCUCUCACGGUUCAGCCCCAUCAACUCUCUCCAAAAAGAUGGUCAGAAAAUGUAUUUUUCUGUCAUUUUACAAUCUGGAAAGAAAUAGAUUCAAAAUAACAGAUGAGUAAAGUUUAAUUUUUAAUUAUUAAAGUUCUUUAAAGUUUGCUGAAAUAUGCUUACACUCAUUAACACUGGGCUGUUUCACAGUGUUACAAUGUUGCCUGAGGGUAACAAUCGGACAAAAAACUUAAGACAAGUAUUAAUUUUUCAUAUUUUUCCUUUUUCAAAUGGCAUGAAAUUUAAACUUAAAGGUUUUUCAGUAUCUUCCAUAAGUAUUGUAUACAGUUUUAUUAAGAUACUAAACACUAACUGUCUUUUCUCAUUUGGUGCAGUGUCGCUUUAAGGUAACAUACCUAAAAAUAUGUUUUUUUGAAAUUCUUUUUACAAUGAUGUCUACUUACACAAUUUAUGAUAAAACAAAACAACAACACCAAAAAACAACAACAUUUUCUUUACCAAAUGCCAUAAUAAUGCUCACCAUAGAGGGUUAAAGGUGUGUUGUAAUUUACCCAGCAUGCCAACAAUCAUGUGGAGCUGCUGAAUUUAUGGCUCCUGUGAGUCUCUUUUUGGACCACAAGAUGGAGGCACUUAAUAAUCAGGGAGAAUGUUGAUGACAGAAAAAAAAUAUAGUCAACUGUUUAAAAAGCUGCUUUAUUUCUUCAAAAUACAACAACUUGUGAAACAUUUCAUGCUUUUAUAGCUUCAUAUAAAGUACCGUCAGUGGUGUUCACUGUCAAACAGGUAAUUCCUAACAAGCAAAAAAAUUCCAAAAGUCCAGUCAACCGCAGCUGCCAUGUGAUAAAGUUAGGUCACCCUGAGAGCUGAAUGAAGAAAUGGAAACAGGUUGAGCUGUAUUCAGCUUCUGUGAGGAUAAAGAGGGAGUGUACCAGCUGUUCACAUAAGAAUGUUUACUCAGACUUAGCCAGCGCUAAACUGUCUUCUGUAAACUUUUCUCGAAGCACACCAGCCCUGCUUCUGCACUGGAAAUAUUAAUAGUGAGGUCAGGCUGGAGUUGUGUGAUAGAAAUGAAAGUUUAGAUUUUUUAAAGGAAUGUAUUAGUAAUAUUCUUACAAAUAUUGUAAGAAAUGAGCCCAAUUGUGUGCUUUAAAUGAAUUCUGAAUCCAAGUCAGCAAGUUUCAGUGCAAUAACACUGAGAGGGGGAGGAGCUGAUCAUGUGUAUGCCUUCAGUCAUUUUAAAUGAUGUAUGAAUUGUACUUGUAUAGUUUGUUUAGGUUAACCACUUUACGUAGAUACAGAUUGUGGGUUUUGACUGACAGUAUUUUGUGCCUAUGAUAAAUAAAUUGGACAAUUUGUAAUUGGACCAUUCACAUGUCCAGAAAGUGUUCAGGGUUUAUCUGGGUUAUUCCUGGGAAAACAGGAAAGAUAGAAAAACAUGGUUACAACACUUUAUAAAGUCUUUAAAGUCUUCUGAAAUCCAGCUAUGAAUAAACACUUAAA